AUGAAUUCGUACAAGAUCAAGCUACCCAAGAACUUGGGCAUUCAAAUCGUCCCCGAACAGAAGGCUUACGUCGUCGAACGACUCGGAAGGUACGUCAAAACCCUAGAUCCCGGACUCCACUUUCUGUUACCAAUCGUUUACAAAGUCCGAUACGUUCACUUAUUGAAAGAGCAAGCCAUUCUAAUAACAACUCAUACCGCCAUAACCAAGGAUAAUGUUCCCAUCACCUUGGACGGUGUGCUUUACAUCAAAAUCAUCGAUCCGGUUAAGGUUUCAUACGGCGUUGAAAACCCUAUAUACGCCGUUGUUCAGUUAGCACAAACCACCAUGCGUAGUGAACUCGGGAAAAUCACUCUCGAUAAAGCUCUUGAGGAGAGAGAGACGCUGAAUCUGUAA